AUCUUGGUACAUACUACAUAGUAUCUCUUAGUAUUCUUAAUCUCUUAAAAAUAAAGACAAGAAAGCAGAUUAGAGGAUUGAAAACAAACUUCCUAAAAACAUUGUCAAAUCAUUUUCACUAACAUUGAAGAGCCUAGGUCGAAACCCUACCAAAGACUUCUGUGGCGUGAUAGUGGAACAAAUUUUGGAAACUAGAUUUGUAAAGCUACUCUGGCAAUUCACGAUUCGGUACGCAAUUCGAACCCUGGAAAUCAGCAUGGGAGCUUUAAGGUAUGUUCAGAGGUCCUUGGCCAAACAAUGAUUUCUGUUUAAGGUUGUUAGAUUGUCUGUCCAUGAUAGUGUGUAUACAUAUUUUUGCGGGAGAAAACUGUGAACCCAUUGUAUUCGAUCACACUUCAUGAUGAUCAUUAAGAUGUGCGGUAUUUUAAAAAUGCGUUCAGUACUUUCCCAAGGGAGAGCAUUUUCAGCUUUCAUGAGCUCAUCUGGUUCAAGUGGGGAUAUUCCGACUCCCGCCAGUGUAUAUAAAUUGAUUUGUAAGCAGGAGGACCCAUUGUUGGCGUUGGAAAUAUUUCGAGUUGCAGCGCGGCAGCCGGGUUUCAGGCACUCAUAUACUACUUACCAUGCCCUAAUCUGCAAAGUGGGGCAUUGCAGGCAGUUGAAUUUGAUGGAGGAUCUGAUUCAGCAAAUGAGGAAGGAAGGCUAUGAAUAUACGCCUGGACUCUUUGCCGAUAUCAUUGAAAUCUAUGGACAAUGUGGAAUGCCCCAUAGAGCUCUCAACACUUUUUACCAGAUGUUGGAGUUUGGUUGCAAACCAUUGGCAAAGCACUUGAAUGUUUUUUUCACUGUUGCUGUACAACACCAGCGCCUUGAAACCGCCCUUUCCCUAUUUGGGGAGUUGCAGAAACUUGGGAUCAGCCCAAACACUAAGACAUAUAAUAUUCUCAUCAGAGCCCAAUGCCACAAUGACAAGCUCAGUCAUGCCUAUGCGCUUUUCAACCGCAUGCAGACGCAGGAGGGCUGCGUUCCUGAUGCCGAAACUUACAGCAUUUUGAUGCAGGCUCUCUGUCGGAAAAGUCAAGUGAAAAAAGCGGUCAGUGUUUUAGAUGAAAUGCUUAACAAGGGUUACACUGCGGAUGUCCUCACGUACACUACGCUGCUCAACAGUUUAUGUAGAAAAAAGAGAUUGCGUGAGGCCCAGAAACUCCUCAAUAGGAUGAAGGUGAUGGGUUGCAAUCCCGAUGUAAUUAAUUAUAAUACAGUGAUAAUGGGUUUUUGCAGGGAAGGCAGGGCUCUAGAAGCCUGGCAGAUAUUAAGCGACAUGCCUAAAAAUAACUGUCUUCCAAAUUUGUUGUCAUAUAGAACAGUGAUCAAUGGCCUCUGCAAAGAAGGGAAGUUUGGGGAGGCAAAAGAAUUUUUGGAGAAGAUGGUGUCAACAGGUUUUGGUCACCACUUUUCUACCUUUCAUUUAUUGAUAACUGGUUUGUGUAAAGAGGGCAAAGUUGAAGCAGCUUGUGAGGUGCUUGACAUAAUGGCAGAGCAAUCUUUGGCUCCCCAUGAGAGCACUUGGGCUGCCAUUCUCAUAAUGAUAUGUGAGGACGGUAAAACAGAAGCCAUAGAACUAGUGGAUCAAUUAUCAAAUGACAAGUGAUGCUGCCCAGGAGAUAUUAUGCAAGUUGGUUUAAUUCAUUUGUUGACCAGUUAAUAAUGCUCUUUUGAGCAUAAGGAUAUUAAACCGGAAAAGGAAGACGACCUCAAUCUCUCACUCUGAGGUAAUGCUAUCAUGACUGCAUGGAUACAUAGUGUAGAAACCCUUACGGGUUAUCCAACCUCCAACUUGCAAAUGUUUGUGUUUUUGAAUGAUUUGUUUUUUGAUUUGCAAUUUAGUGUACUCAGAACUAUUCAUCAGCAAUGCACAAGUUCAGAAAUGUCUUCAAUCUCUAUUGAUAUGGUGGUUACAGCAGCUAGGACCAUUAAUAUAGUCUGCUAGCCCCUCAUGGUUAUUACAAUUCUUCCAUAGCAACACUGCAAGAUUUUAUUAGCAUAAAAUCUACUAAUUUCUGAAUAAGGUUUGGACUGAUUGCAAUGACAGUGAGUCUCAGAUUUUGAUAUAAGACCUUAACAUUCCCGUAGCUUGCAUUGAUGACCCAACAAGGCAUUUAUGCACACGGCAAUACAUGUAAGGAACAUUUCUAUGCAUCAUAGACUAUGACAGCCAUCUACUGGAUACCCCUUUGUUGCUAAGACUCACAGAGGCAACCUGAAUAUUACCCAGAAAUAUGAAUUGGGACUGUAACAGCAAUAAGAGAUGCGUUUUUUUCUGAACAUACAGUGACUGGGAUCCCUACGUAGCAGCCUCAAAUAACAACAGCAAGUCUUAGACUCAUUACUAAACAGUUUUUUGCAAAUAAAACAUGUACUUCACAGGCAACAAAUGUAUAUUUAAGGGCAGACCUGGAAUAUCAAUCGACCCCAAUCUGAAGGUGAUGAAGGCGGCUACAGGGGUUUGCAGAAUGUAGAAGAAGCAGCCAAAGACUCCUUAUUCAAUCUUCAUCAUAAAUCUGAACAAACAUCUCCAAUUUGGUCUCCACAAUGACCACAAAAUUGGCAAGGAUCACUAAAAUGUUUGGACACCGUCACCAACACCAAGAUCAGCAAUGGCCUGCUCAAGCUCCUAAUGAAAGCAGUCCUACCUUCCAGCUCAUUUACAGGAAGAGACUAUGAAGAUCUACUAUGAGGCUAAUUUUGACUAAUAUCUUGCCAACUUUAAUGGGCAGGCUGCCAUAGCACCUGCUGAUGAGUCUGAUCCAAAUCAGGUUUGUUGUUAUGACAAUAGAUUCUAAGACGGGUAUGAAUGUGGGUAUCAUAGGGGAUGCUUAUUGAUUGGUAAUGAUGCUCUACUUUUAUAGCAGUUAACCAUGGGUAUUAGCAUUUCAUAUUAUCUGAGUGUGAACAGGUGUAUAGGAUUUGAAGGUGUCUGAUUGAUUGGCUAUGAUGUUUGGAUUUUAUAGCAAUGGAUAAUUGCUACUUUCUUGGAGCGUGAAGGCCAAAGAUGAAGCAGGAUUUUCCUGUAGUUGCCUUGGUCAGUAAGGCUAGAGGCCAGGCUCCAAUGCAUGGACGUGCAGAGAAAGAAGUGAUAGUAUAUUUUAAAAACCUUUUUGUUUUACCUGGUUAUUAAGGAACUAUAACUAUAAGAGGAGUUAAGGCAUGCACGCGAAAUUGUUUGUAUGCUUGAAUGGUGCAGUUUACCUUGGAUCCAUAGCACCCUGACGAUUUGAAUGAGGCUGUCCUGUUUACACGGAGUGCUGAUGUGGUAAUGGGGUAUCAGUGCAUCAGACCUCUGAACAACAUUAACCUCAAUCUGGAUGCCAAGGUUGAGGAUGAGAAACAUCACAGCAGCCUUCGUGAAGGGGCAGAGGUAGUUCUGUUUAAUUGGAACAAGGAGAGUCAGAAAUGAAAAAUCAGUCCCAUCUGUUAGAUUCGUGUGUACCUUCAUUGUAUGAAAUAAUUUUUGAUGGGUAAGUUUUAAUGUAAAAAGAUUGAAUAUCUGAUAAAAGUCAUGUUUUCAUGGAGGGUUUGAAGAUUUAAUCAUUGCAAGAGCAAGAUGUUUCCUUUUUGAAUUUGAUAACUAUUAUUUCUUGUAGGUCUA